AUGCGGACAUCAAGCUGCUUCGUACCAACGCGUCAGCAGUUAGCUACGACAACAGUCAGUCUGAAGAGGAUCAACGUCGCCAUCGCACGUCUUCACGGCAUUUCCACGUCGCCGUCGUCGUUAGCGCAAGCCUCUGAGUUCGAGGGAAUCUCUACCAUCCGGAACACAGUCACCUCAUCAGUUGCCAACGUCCCUGCAAUCAUCAAACUUCAUCUCCAAGGAGUUUCGGCACGCGAAAUCCACCAGCGUCUUGGUGUACAUUGCAAUGUCAUCUAUAGGACCAGUGAAGGCUACAGGGAGCUAGGAACCGAAGACGACCGAUCCGGAAGAGGAAGGCGUGCCAUCGUCGCUACCACGGGAAAUAUAAGGAAGGCGUACAAGAAAAAUAAGUGUCAAAAACUCACCGAUGUUAAGAAAGAAAAGAAGGAAAAGAAAACAUUCUGA